UUGCGCUGUUAUCGUGAGAAAGCAUUAUUUGAAUUUUCAUCAACCGAUAGCGAUGGCAGCGAGCGCCUGUUCGCGGAUCAAUCGCCUGUUUUGGAAUGCGUCAGUCUCCUAGUCCAAGGCGACAAAGUCAUUCGCGGACCAGAUGCCUAUCUUGAAACGCGUCAGUCUCCCACCGAUGGUAUCCUAUGCCCUAUUGGCGGACCAACCGCCUAUCCUGGCAUGCGUCAGCUCACCACGAGCAAAUAG